AAAUGAUUUGUGGGAAAUAUUCAUUAUGGCGGAUGGCAACGCAGAAGACUGUCCGAAGGGACAAUUUCUGUUCUGCAUUAUUUGCCGUAUAAACCACGACCAAGGGAGAAAACAUAUUUACUCAAGAAAGCAUAGGAGCUUGCUGAGCCAGAUCCUGAUUAAAUUUGGCAAAAAGGUUGACGAAGCCAGAAGGUUUCUGAAGAAACCAUCUGUUGAAGAUGGUGAGUUAGAGCCAGGGUCAAGAUUUUGGUGUCACUUCUGCAGUGAGAAUGUUAAUAAACAUGUCACUGAUAGAGAAGUUACUAUCAAGUAUGGUGGACUCUUUGAACACUUUGCAAGUGAGAAUCACAGCAAAAAUCUUCAUAAGUACUGGUGGGAAAAUGGAGCAGACAAAAAUCUUAAAGAAAAGUUCUUAAUCAAUAAAGAGAAGUUUAACAGCUACAAAGAAGAGGUCAACAAGAAACUCCAGGAAUUUGAAGCUGCAAUGGAACAAAAGAGAUUAAAGACAGUUUCCCAGAUCAAACAUAGAGAACUCCUUCAAGCUCAUACAAGCCAACAGCCACCAGAAAUUCAAGUUACACCUGAAGUUGUCUACAAAACAGUACAAAAUGAACAAGGAAUUCUUCAGAACCCCACUGGAUGGCAUGAAGGACAAAGAGUGUGGGGUGGUGGAAUAGUAAAAUACAGACCUGGUUCAAAUCAGUGGUUUCCAUGGAAUAUGGAUUCAAUUGAUAAAGGCUCUGAAGGUUCUCCUCUUUCAAAUGGUGUCGUAACAAAAACAAGGUUCCAAACAGCUGAAGCUUUUGGAGAGAAUCUUACUUGCAUAGGAAUUCCGGAACUUAAGGAGGGAGAAGGAAAUAUACACACAGGUGCAACACCCCCAUGGCUGAGAGAUGAUAAUGAUGAUGACGACAAUGAUGAUAACAAGGAUAGCAGCACUGCAAGUGAUGUUGUCAUUGGUCCAUCUUAUGAUGCUUUUAAAAAGCAUGUGGAGAAAAUGAAAAAAAUAAAUCACAAAAACCCACAGCGAGUUGGUGCAAACUUUGACCGGAAAAGAGAGACAAGUGAUGACUGGUUGCCUUCGUUUGGCAGAGUGUGGAAUCAUGGCCCACGCUGGCAGUCAAGACAUGACUUUCGAUGGGAGAACAAAAAGGCAAAGAAGAAAUGAAGAAAUAACAUGAUUUGAAUAAAUUCACCUGGAAUGGAAA